UUGUUAAUUACUAAGACAAUGAAAUUCUCUUCUUACACACUUCAAACAAUAAAACCGCGAUACGAUUGUAACGCGACUUCGACAAAUGCAAUGACGAGGCCAGAAAAUGGGUAGCACGGAGGUAGACAAUGAAAAAUUUGACCAUGAACCCAAAGACAAGUAUUUACUUGUUUAUGCCGUUUUUGGAUUCUUCGGAAUCAUCCACUUCCUACCGGCAACUUUUUUCGUUACAGCACACGAUUACUGGAUGUACAAAUUCCGUGACACGACCAGCGAUAUAAUCGACUCCAGUCAUAGAACUACCCUUCAAGCGGAGUUCUCGGCAAGUGUGACCAUAUCCACGCACGUCACAGGCGUUCUAGGUUCUUUUUUGACACUUUUCUUUGGGCAUAAGUUAAAUGUACACUUCAAGCUAUAUGGUUCACUUUUGAUAAUCGUGGUAUUGUAUGUGAUCGCAGCAAUUUUCAUCCACAUCGACACUGACUCUUGGCAAACGGGCUUCUUCGUGCUAACUAUGUUGAUGGUUGGAACAAUUAACACAAUGAACACAGUCGCUGGGUUGACUUUCUUCUCCAUUCUUUACAAAUUCCAGCCGGAUUAUCUAGGACCUUACUUAAAUGGGCAAGGAGUUGCCGGGAUUUUUACUUCGUGCUUGCAGCUUUUGUCCCUUGCGGUGGGAAUAUCCACAACCAAGAGUGCUUUGGUGUACUUCUGGGUUGUAAUAGGUCUGUUGAUUGCUUGUUUGCUGUCUUUGAUUGCGAUAGGUCGAAGUAACACUUUCUAUCGACACUACAACUCCAAGACAACUCAUGAAAAAGCAGAGAGGAGGAUGAUGACUUGGAGGGAAUUUUUUAGCGCGGUGAAAUCCAUCUGGAGGAGUUUGGCUGUUCUUUUGUUUUAUUUGUUGGUUGUUAAUACUACUCAUCCGGCUAUUACGUCACUGAUUGUGUCAGAAGGAGAGGGACAAGGGGACUGGAAUGAUGUGUACUUUGUGCCCACCACAACGUUUGUCUUAGCAGCCGUUGGCGACUACAUCGGACGAUUUGUAACAGUUAAACUUAAACCAUUAACUAAUCUAGAUGGUAUUUGGUUCGUCGCUUUUAGUGCCGCAAGAGUUGCCAUUUUUAUCCCUCUAAUCAUGCUAUGUAACGUCCAGCCAAGGUCACAUCUAAAUGUGGUUUUCCCCCACGACUACCAGUAUAUACUCAUCAUGGUAUUUUUCUCUCUAAGCAAUGGGUUCUUGUUCAGUAUCGGGAAUCUCUUGAUACCAAAAACCGUCCCUCCUGAAAAACUGGAAGAUGCCUACCAGGUUAACAUAAUGGUUGCUGCGGUUCUGAUGGGAUCUUUGUCUUUCUUGGGGUUCGUUUCUGUACAACUGUUGUAACUAGUUUGCUAUGCAAGAUGUGAUAUUGUAAUAAACUUGUUAAAAAAUGUA